UGUACUGUACGUUGAACGAAGGUCAAUUGACAUUCUUUUGUUUCAAAUUAGCUCUGGGCUUAUCUCUGCCAAGCACCAAUAACUGAUAAUUCAAUUUAAAAGCGUCAAAUAUUCGUUCCAUUCGUUAAUUUGCCCUGACCCCUUUGAUCAUUCACCCGUGAUAAGAGAGAUAAGGGGAUGAUGACUUGUCAUAAUUUAUUGUGCUUGACCCUCUUUUCUCUUGUCUUCACCAUUGGCAGUGGUUGUUGGUUGGACGACCAAACCAACCAUGUCCCCACAGAUUUGACCCUCAACGAGGAGCUCGUUCUCCUCUUGGGACUGGAACUUGGUCAUGAACUCAAUUUUAAGGAACACCUCCAAAACAUUCUGAUCCCCCGAACGGUUGGGUCCGAAAACCACACGCUGGUCCAGAAUUACAUCAUUGGCACGCUCCAAGAUCUGGGAUGGUCGAUCUCUUUGGACCAAUUCACACAGGACACACCCUUGGGACCGAGACCCUUCACAAAUAUUAUUGCAGACCUCAACCCUGCGAGUCCAAGACGAAUGAUAAUAGCCGCCCAUUAUGAUACGUUAACAAGCAUUGGUGGCUUUGUCGGAGCGACGGAUGCGGCUGUUCCAGUUGCCAUGAUGCUUAAUCUGGCAUCGACGAUGACAAAGUCUUUCCAGGAUGCCUUGGCAAUCCGCCCAGAUUUAACGCCUUCAUUAGUCUUCUUUGAUGGGGAGGAGGCUUUGAAGUCAUGGACGUCUGAGGACUCCCUGUACGGUUCCACCCAUUUGGCGGAUCUCUGGCACAACCAGACGUAUGAAAAUUUAGAUUGUCACGAAACCACGUCCCAAAUGGAUAGGAUGGAUGUCCUAGUUCUUAUGGAUCUCUUGGGAACUCCGGACCCUGACUUUCAGUCAUUUCAAUUCGAUAGCGAGGACGAUGGACCGAAUCCUUACUACGGUAUGAUGGAUGCCAUAGAGGAAUCUUUGGAUCAUUUCAUCCCCAGUGACACGAAAUCUAUGUUCAAUGGCCUGCAAUCUAGCUCCCAUGUACAGGACGAUUGCACACCAUUCUGGAACUUGGGGCUGAAGCGAAUCCAUCAUUGGAUAACCCGCCCCUUCCCAUCCAUGUGGCACACCUUAGGGGACAAUUGGGACGCCCUGGAUUUUGACUACAUCCAGCGAAUGAACAUGAUCCUUCGUAUCUUCACGGCAGAGUACAUGCAAAUGCAAUAAAUCUGUCGCAAAAGCCCUGAGGCUAUUGUACCACGGAA